AUGCUGAUCAUGUUUGACACCAAGGCUAACUGCAACAAGUUCUACCAUGCCAAACUUCUGGACGAUCUGGACACGGUGGAGGUUCGGUAUGGGCGAGUUGGCAACGAAGGAGUCAAGCACACGUAUGUUGGUGGGCAGCGCAAAUACGACCAGAUGCUACGGCAGAAGCGCAACAAGGGCUACAAGGACGCGUUGAUUGCCGCGGAUGUGGAGGAUGAUGGUGGGGUGACGGUGCGCAGUAAUGUGAUUGACACUGCUCUGGAGGAGAUCAAGUAUCUCGACGACAUGAGUCGGGUUCUGGUGACGACGAUUUCGCAGCAAAACAUCCAUCGUAUCACCGCUUCGACUUCGAUCAAGUUUGACUCGGACGACGGUCUGUUCAAGACUCCUCUGGGGGUCAUUCAGCAGCAUGGAGUCGAGGAAGCUAUCCGGCUGCUGGGCGAGAUUGAGACCCAUGUUGUCAAUUUCGAGGCCCUGGUGGCCAAGGAGGGCGUCUCUUUUGACACUCCGGUUGCCAAGAAGGGUCCUAAGAAGCGCAAGAGGGCUGAUGAGGAGGUGCAACAAGGACCGAUUGGUACCCCUGAGGAUGGAGUCAAGCCCGAAGGUGAAGGUGAAGGUGAAGGUGAAGGUGAAGUAGUAGCUGAAACCAAGACUGAACCUGAACCCGAACCCGAACCUGAACCUGAACCUGCUGAACCCUCAUCUCCCCCCUCCAAACGACGCCGAACAAGAGCCCGUGCUACCAAGACCAAGGCCCAGAGAGACGCCGAGGAAGCCGCCCAGAGAGAGGCGGAGGAGCAAGCUGAAAAGGCAGAAAGAGCCCGGAAGGCGGCCGAACGAAAAGCCAAGGCAGCUGAGAAGAAGGCAGCCGAGAAGGCAACCAAAGAAGCCAUCGAAAAGGCAGCAGCCGAAAAUGAACCCGCCGAAGAAGAACCAAACGCCGCCGUGAAACCCUCUGCCGAGCUGGAAGUCAUCAUGUCCACUUUGUACACCCUCAACGAGCAGUACUUUGUCAUCAUCCCCAACAAGGUGAAAAACGCCCGCGAAAUCAGACACCUGCUGUUCAACCAGACCGCCAUUGACGAGCAAAAGGCCACCUGUGACGCUCUGCUGGAAACCCUUAAACUGAUUGAAGACCUCAAAAAGAAGGCAGCCGAGGAAUCGGAAAAGAAACCCACCAAGAAGAAGACGGACGCCGAAAAGACCUUCAACGUCGAGGUCAAGCACGUGACCGACAAACGCAGCUUCAACAGAAUCAACACCAUGUUUGAAUCGUCGAAAAACCAGAUCCACGGCUACACUGCCAAAUGUGCAAAGGUAAAGAACAUCUACAAGAUCAAGUUGGGUUCCCAACAGGCCCCUUUUGCCGCCACCUCCAAGAAAAUCAAGUGCGUGCAGGAACUGUGGCACGGAACCCGUCUCCAGAACAUUCUGUCUAUUCUGGGAAAGGGCCUGCUUCUUCCUAAACUGUCUCCGGGUCAAAAGGUGGGUGCCAUGUUUGGGGACGGUCUGUAUUUCGCCAACCAGUCGUCCAAAUCGCUCAAUUACUGCGACGGCAUGCUCUGGACCUCAGAUGGAAGCGGAAAACCAGAGACCAUCUACAUGUUUCUGGCGUCGGUGGCUCUGGGAAACUACUUUACACCCGAGGGGCCUGUCAGUACCAACCCCCCCGAAGGUUACCACAGUUAUUGGGCCAAGGCUGGUCAAAGCGGAGUCAUGAACGACGAGAUUAUUGUGUUUGACGCGUCUCAAAUCCGACUCGAUUACUUGCUUGAGAUUGAAUUGAGAGCUAGCGACGAGUAA